UACGAAGCUGCCCAAUAGGAGCGCGGGAGAGAGUUUAAAGGGGAGCAGCGGCGACGUGAGGCAGCAGUUGAGGGUCUCUGUUUGCGGGAAGCGGCGCGGGUGGUAGCGGCCUCCCACAUCUCCGUACCAUGGCCGUAACGCGCCGCGCAGCCGUCACCAGGGGGUUGGAGAAUGCUGUGACUGAACUUAAUGGUAAAGCCAAAAGCCAAGUGACUGCUAAAAGGGCUGCUUUGGAAGAAAUAGGAAACAAAGUUACAACAAGAGGAACGCGUGUAACUAAGAAAACAGACUGUUUCAAAUCAUCCGUAAAGCCCAGUAAGAUGACGAAUACAAUUAUACUGCCUAAACCUCCAGCUGCUGUGAAACCAGUGCUCAAAGAAACUACUGUUCCAAAGGUUCUGUCACCUGUCCCUAUGGAUGUAUCUAUGCAAGAAGAGGAUUUGUGCCAAGCCUUCUCUGAUGUGUUGCUCAACAAUAUAGAAGACAUUGAUGCCGAGGACUGUGGGAAUCCCCAGCUCUGUAGUGACUAUGUAAAGGAUAUCUAUCUGUAUCUGAGACAGCUUGAGCUGCAGCAGUUGGUGCGCCCACGUUACCUCGAUGGGAAGACAAUCAAUGGGCGUAUGCGUGCAAUUUUAGUUGACUGGCUUGUCCAGGUCCACUCAAGAUUCCAGCUUCUGCAGGAAACACUGUACAUGUGUGUUGCAAUUAUGGACCGCUUCUUACAAACUCAUUCAGUACCUCGUAAGAGACUUCAGUUGGUGGGUGUAACAGCGCUGCUUCUAGCUUCAAAAUACGAAGAGAUGUUCUCUCCUGAUAUAGCAGACUUUGUUUACAUUACUGACAAUGCUUACACUGGUGCUGAAGUUAGAGAAAUGGAGAUGACGAUUCUUAAAGAGUUGAACUUUGAUUUGGGGCGGCCUCUUCCACUUCAUUUCUUAAGAAGAGCAUCAAAAGCUGGAGAGGCUGAUGCUGAGCAACAUACACUAGCAAAAUACCUGAUGGAAUUGACAUUGAUAGACUAUGACAUGGUGCACCAUCAUCCUUCAGAGAUUGCAGCAGCUGCGUUAUGCUUGUCUCAAAAGAUUCUGGGACAGAACAAAUGGGGUACAAAGCAGCAGUACUACACUGGGUAUGCAGAAGACAGUCUUGUGAUGACUAUGAAACAUAUGGCCAAGAAUGUGGUUAAAGUAAAUGAGAACUUAACAAAAUACACUGCUAUAAAGAACAAGUAUGCGAGUAGCAAACUCCUGAGGAUCAGCACAAUCCCUCAGCUGAACAGCAAGACAAUCAAGGACCUAGCAUCAUCACUCCUAUGAUAACCCUAGACAGAUGUAUCUGAUGAUAUGCACUUUGUCCUUAGUUGUCUAUUGAGGCAAAGCUACUGCUCUUUGUAAAUAGCAUUCCAGCCUUACCACAGACGUUUCAGACCCUCUGAAGGUGAAAUUUUAAACUUGCUUUGUAAUACAACUGUAUGCUCAGAAAUAAAGCUCUUUUCUUUAAAAAAAAAAAAAAAAAAAAAGAACAAUAACCCCCCCUCUGCAACUGUGAAUCUUUAAGGCAAUAUCUAGAAGUGCCUGCAAUUUGAUGCUGAAUUAGGACAUUUGACAAAGUAGGUGACUGAUACAAUUUGCAGUUAGAUAUGUGUAGUUUCUGUGGUUGUUCAGUAUCUUUUGGCUUUGUAUUUAGUAAUUUGUUCACACUUUUAAAGAGCAGGACUUUCCUUGGUAUACAUUAUGGGAUAGUAAAUACGGUGUUUAUUUCAGUGACAUGUCUCAAAGAAGUCUUCAAGAACUUGUUUUUUUUGUAGUUUGUUUACUUAAAGCUGGGAAAAGUAGGAGGCUGUAACAGAUGCAGCCUUGUAAGGCUUUGUGUUUAGGCAACUGAGUGAAGAUGAGACAAUGUGUUGUCUGUCUUUGUAUGCCUAAACAGAGAGCUGAGGCAGGAAACUCCUCUGUGUGCACUGGCUGUAGAUGUAGAACUACAGGGAUCAGACCUUUGUAUCAGCUUACCUCUUAAAACCUACUCUACUUCUUAGACAAAAACAAAAAAAAACCCCUAGCUUCUCAUUACCUGUUCUUUUCCCCCUUUUUAUUUUUUUCAGCAAACCUCAAUACCUGAGGGAAUACAAUACACUUACAAUUUUUGAUUUCCUUUGUUAUUUUUUUUCUUCUAAUAAGCAUUUAUAAAAUUAAAUAUUUAUUUGUAUGCUCAGAGGAAUACAAGCAUGUAAGUACUGCAGCUCUUCUGCCUCACUUUAUUUAUGCUUAUGUAUUUAGUGCUAUAGUACUAAAUACAUAAAUAGUACUAAUAGUACUAUGUAUUUAAUGUUGACUUGCAAACUGUUAGAUAGUCUGUAAAUUAGGCUGAACUCUGUGUCUCUUCUGUACGAGGGUGCGGGCUCUGAUGUAGAAGGCAUGUCCGCAGUACUACAAAACUGCCUAGUCCUCAAUGCCAUGCCUGUUGGAGGUUGAAGCUACAGGCUUUUAUCUUUAUGGCAGGAGACUUCUCUCCUAUAGAAUAAGAUAAGUCUAGCACUUAAUGCAAAUAGGUAUUUUUGAAGGAGUCAAAUCUCUUAAUGGAGAUGGAGUUUGUGUGCCUAAAUGAAGCUUAGGCAGUGGCUUAGGAGGGACAGGAUUCAACACUUUAAAACAGAAAAAGCUCAGGAAAAAGUGUAGUGCAUACCUCUUCAGCUGGGCAGAGUGAAAACAAUCAGAGCACAGUAGAGGGAUUUUUUUUUAAACAAGUGGUUGUUAAGAAACAUUAGUAUGUAUAAUAUCUGAAAACAAACUGCACAGUGAACAGACCUGUUGAGCAAACUGCUGCUUGUUUUAUUUUAAGGAGGUUCACAAGGCAAAGCAAUGAAUGCUGAUCACUGUACGGCAAGCAACAGUCACUCUGAAUGGUGUGGGAGGCAAUUAGACUUAAGCAGUAACACUUGCUUUUACCAUUUAAAAGGAGUAGUGCAUAUCUGUAAGUACCUGGCAUAAAAAUUCUAGUAGAACUACUUUAUGGUAAGAACAGUGGAAUACUACAUUAUACAUUCAUACAUGUUUCUACCAUAUUCAAUUUUUAUAUACAGUAUAGGAUUCAUUUCUAUAAAUGUACAGCUGUGCAUAAAGACAUUUCUUAUAACAGGUAGAGCAUUAAACAGAAUUCCAACAUGGGCCAGCCAUAUUCCAAUAUAAAUCUUGAAGGCAACAUUGUUUAGCAUACAGUACUACAUAGUUUUGUUUAAACUUUUUGUAGUGCCUGUUGGGAGUCCCUAAAUACAUCAGCAAAUGCAAACCAAUUCCAUUACAUCUCUGUACAUAAUUAUUUAAAUAUACCAUCGCAGUAGAUUUUUAGAUGGUAAUAUCCCAAAUGACCCUAACUCUUUUAAACACAUAGCAGCAUACUUAACAUGUUCCCCAGAAUGAUCUGCGUUAGAGGAAAUGUGCAUUUAACAUAAUCUUCAUCAGAUAAUUAAAAAGAUUACUGAUAUUCAACUAAAGGCACUUAUUAAAUACACCUUAAAGUCCCUGGUCCCAGACUGCAAAGCACCUUUCUGUUUCAGAAUGAUAGGUUUGAAUAUCUUCACUUACUAGGUGUUAACCAGGUUUUAAAUAUAAUAAAUAAUCUGUCAGUA